AUGGCAUCCGGAUCAAGUCUGGGGUCGGGAUCUGAUAGACCCGACCUCAGUGGCUUUCAGACCACCGCGUCGCCCCAACGGCCAUCGGAACGCAACGAUAUGCAGAAAGCCCCGGUACCGAAGGCACUGACAGGGAGGCAGUCCCGGCCAGGGAAUGGGAACAAUGGGCAAGAGAGUGUCGAUGAUGGCUUGGAACGGGACUUCAAACUCAGGCACUUGGGCUCACUUGGUGUGCUUGGCUGGAUACUGCUCCUCCAUGUUGUCGGAAUCUUUUUCUUUACCAAGGGGUUUUUGCUGACUCGGAUGGUCUUGGAGAACAAGUCGUCUUGCGAUGUACUUCCGUUCGGAGAUGCAUCAUCGCAUUCGGCAGUGGGCAAGAAAAACGAAGGAUGUUGGCACCAUAAGUCGUUCGAGAAGGCCAUUGUGAUUGUCGUAGAUGCUUUGAGGUACGAUUUUACCGUCCCAUUCGUGGCAACAGCAGAGGAUGAAACUUCCCAAUUGUUCCACGAUAAUAUACCCGUCUUGUACGAAACUGCCGUCAAUACUCCAGAACACGCUUUCUUAUUGCCUUUCAUUGCGGAUCCGCCUACCACGACGCUCCAGCGCCUCAAAGGAUUGACAACUGGGACCUUGCCGACUUUCGUAGAUGCAGGCUCUAACUUCGCUGGCACGGCAAUCGAUGAGGACAACCUAGUCGCUCAGCUGCGUACCGCAGGAAAGAAUCUGGUGCACCUCGGCGAUGAUACCUGGCAUAGUCUAUUCCCUGACUACUUUGAUCCCGAACUGACGCGGCCAUUCGAUUCUUUCAAUGUGUGGGAUUUGCACACGGUUGACAAUGGCGUAAAUGAUCAUUUGUUCCCCCUCUUACACCCGAAGAACGCCACAAAAUGGGAUGUUAUAUUUGGUCAUUACCUCGGGGUUGAUCAUGCCGGCCACCGUUAUGGUCCCAACCAUCCAGCCAUGGGUGCAAAGUUGAGGCAAAUGGAUCAGGUCAUCCGGGAUCUCAUUGCAAAGGUUGAUGACAACACUCUGUUGGUUGUCAUGGGUGACCAUGGUAUGGAUUCGAAAGGUGAUCAUGGAGGUGAAUCGAAUGACGAAGUGGACGCUGCUCUAUGGAUGUAUUCGAAGAGAAAGUUCUUUGGUCGCACCAGCCCCGAUACUGUCGUGCCACCGAAGACUGCGCGCGAGCGAUCUGUUCCUCAGAUCGACCUUGUGCCGACGCUGUCAUUGCUUCUCGGGUUGCCGAUCCCUUUCAACAACCUUGGAUCACCAAUUGAGGAGGCUUUCGCAGGACCCGGGGGAAAGGAUUGGAAGAAUCUGGUUGCUGUCAAUCGUUUGACAUCUGCUCAAAUUAAGAGGUAUCAGCACGAGUACGCAAUCACGCGGGGGGCUGAUGAUGGCCGAGAGUUCCGGUCGUUAAACUUCUGGGAGACAGCGGAAGAUGCCUGGCAAAAGUCCUCAAAGCGCGGCAAGUCGAAUACCGAGGCCAUGCAGUCCGUCUACCAGUCAUAUAGGGAAUACCAGCGCCACACGCUCGAUAUAUGUCGUGCAUUGUGGGCUAAAUUUGAUGUCCCGAGCAUGAUACAGGGUGUGGGAAUACUCUUCGCAGGACUUGUCCUGUUGGUAUUUUAUGCUCGUGGUAUGAGAUCAGACCGCACAGAGCUCACAACGCCACUCCUUUCUGCUGUUGGAGUAAGUUCCGGCUUGGGCGCUGUGGUCGGUGGUUGUUUGACAUUCGGUGGUCUGGCAGAUAUGCCGAUAACAGAAUCAUCCGCUUUAUGGGCCGCCGUCGGGAGUAUACUUGGCGCGUCAUGGGUGAUUUUCGUGAAGCCUGGCCAUUUGAGCUUGCCUGUCCCCAACUCCUUGUGGGGUUGGCUCGCUGUAAUGUUCACCAUGACUCAGUCGGUCGGUUUCGCUUCCAAUUCCUACACCAUCUGGGAAGAUGAGAUUCUGUUGUUUUUCCUUUCCACUUUUGGUGUUGUUGCUGGCGUAUCUUCGAUGCGCCAAAAGUCGACAGCCGACAGGGUCUUGGGAGUCUAUCACUCAAUACUAUUUGUCAUCUUAGGAAGAGUAGCAUCGUUCUCUCGCCUCUGUCGUGAGGAGCAGAUGCCGUUCUGUCGUUCGACCUAUUAUGCAUCCGCAACAUCCUCUACAUCUGCCCCGUGGCAACUCGCCAUACCUUUCCUCGUCACUCUCAUUCUACCCGCAGUUAUAAAGUCAUUCUACGCCGGGUCGAAGUCUUACGAAGGAUCUGCUACUUUGUGGGUCGGGUAUGGCUUUCGGCUAGGGCUGUUUUUGACUGCUAUCUUCUGGAUGCUCGAAGGUGCGGAUGAUGGUGAAUGGCUGUCUUUGAGCAAGGAAACACUGAAGUCGAUUCGAGUGCUUCUCGCUCAGCUUAUUCUUGGCCUUGCCUUUGCUGCUGGUACAACGGCUUUCAUAUACUCGAAGCCGUGCGUUAGCAUCAGCGUUACACAAGGCACUGCUGACUCCGAGAAUAAAUCCAAGUCAACUUCCUCUCCAUCGCAGCCGGGAAGGACAACCGUCACUAUUUUGGGCUUCGGCAACAUCUAUGGGACGCGGUUCUUCCUUCUUGUCGUCAAUUUCUGCUUAGCCAUUGUUCUGAUGCAGAAACCUAUGGGCCAAGGUACCAUGGGUCUGCUGCUGUGGCAAAUAUUAUCUUUGCUUGAAAUCCUUGACACAAAUGCACUGGUAUUGGGUAACUCAGCCAUUGGACCAAUUGUUCUGGCGCUUCUCGGUUCCUUCUACUUUUUCAAGACAGGCCACCAAGCAGUUUUGAGCAGCAUACAGUGGGAAACUGCCUUUAUACCCCUCUCCUCAGUCAAGUACCCCUGGUCUCCGAUCCUAGUGGUUCUGAACACCUUUGGUCCCCAAAUUCUCACAGCUGUUGCUGUUCCUCUCACCGUUCUCUGGAAGCGGCCUUUGCAGCUUCAUGACCAGUCAAGGUCUACCUCGUCGAAGCCCAACAACCCUGCCACUAAGAUCCUCUCAGACGUAGUGCAGGCGGCUUGCACUUAUAUACUCUACUUCGCCACCAUCAAUCUCGCAACUACGAUGUGGGCCGGCCAUUUACGCCGCCACCUCAUGCUCUACCGCAUUUUCAGCCCUCGUUUCAUGAUGGGCGCCGCCGCCCUAGGUGUUGUGGACAUUGUCCUCAUCUUAUUCUCCGUGGCUGGCGUCCGCUGGAGCAUGCUGAGUGUGGGCGAAAUUUUCGGAUGGUAA